UUCAAAGUCUUCUCCUUUCCGUCAGCCUCAGCCCCAUUCUGUGUUGAAUGUGUUCUUUCCCUCGUUCUUUUUCCUAUUUACUGGUGCUUUCAACUUGCUUACUUCCUUCCUUUUUGAGAUUUCUCUACCCUUCAGGAGAAUUUCAUCUUCGUUCGUGACAUGAUCGCCUAGCUUCCUUGACUUUGAAUGGGGAGAUUCCGGCACUGCCGGCUGUUGGUGAAGUUUUGAGAGUACAUUGUCGGGAAUUCAACUUCACCACAGAAUUUCUUGGAAAAGAUGGCGGAUUUGGAAAAAGAUGAGGUGCCAAUGCUGUCGGAGACAGAACAACCGUCAGUUGAAUUUGGGGAUUCUAAAUUACGAAGGCUUGUAUCGAGGACACGAAGUGCCUCAAUAUCUAUUCCUAUGAGCUCCAUGGAGCCAUAUGAGAGAGCAACUAGUCUUGUGGGACAUACUGGUCCGCUGAGGAGUGAGAGGAAAACCCCCUUUGUGCAGAUGAGUGGUCCUCUAUAUGUUACCAACAGACAUGGGAGUCUUUCCCGACAGAACGUCAAUGCCACAGGGAACAAAACAGUAGAAGGCAUGACAGAAAAAUUUGCUUUGCAUGGAAGUGUUGGUAAUGAUUGGCAGAACAAUUAUGCCCACAAAAAUGAACACUUACUGAGGUCUGGGCAAUUGGGAAUGUGUAAUGAUCCUUAUUGUACAACUUGCCCCACUUACUUCAAGACCUCUCAGCAAAGGAACCCUAAGGCUUCUGGUUUAUUUGAUCCCAAGUUCCACAAUGCUCUCUAUGGAGAUGCUAAGGGUUGUGCAAGAAGAUUUAUUUCUUUUCUGUCUUCAUAUGUUCCUGGAGUUAUGAAUCCUCAUGCUAAAGUCGUACAGCGUUGGAACAAAUUUUUUGCCAUUUCUUGCUUAGUGGCAAUUUUUGUGGAUCCAUUAUUUUUCUUCUUGCUCGGUGUAAAAAAGAUUGACAGAUGUAUUUUCAUCGACUGGAAGUUGACAUGGGCACUUGUAUCUGUUAGAUCCAUGAAUGAUUUCGUACACUUCCUAAAUAUGCUUCUUCAGUUUAGGUUGGCUUAUGUGGCUCCUGACUCUAGGGUGGUUGGUGCUGGUGAUUUAGUUGACCAUCCAAAGAAAAUUGCUCUCCAUUAUUUGCAGCGUUUAUUUCUUAUUGACUUAUUUGUUGUAUUUCCACUUCCUCAGAUAAUGAUAUUGUUUGCCCUACCAUAUCACUUGGGUUCAUCAGGAGCAAAUUAUGCUAAGAAUCUUCUACGUCUAGCUGUCCUUGUUCAGUAUGUUCCCAGAUUGUGCAGGUUUCUGCCUCUUCUAAUUGGUCAGUCUCCAAGUGGUUUCAUAUUUGAGUCAGCAUGGGCAAAUUUCUUUAUAAAUCUUCUCGCCUAUAUGCUAUCUGGCCAUGUUGUUGGGUCUUGCUGGUAUCUCUUUGGUCUACAGAGGGUCAAUCAAUGUCUUCGAAAUUUCUGCCAUAAGGAGGAAUUUGCUCAGUGCAUGCAAUUGAUUGAUUGUGGGCAUGGUCAUAGAGAAACCCAUCAGUCUUCUCUUUUGCUCAAUGAAACCAAUCAUUUUAAACAGACUUGGUUAGAUAGUCCUGGUGUAGGCAGUUGUUUCAAAGCCUCAGAAGAUGAAGGUUUUCAGUAUGGGAUCUAUGAGAAAGCUGUUAACCUUGUUACAGAACACAGUGUGGUCACGAGAUAUGUGUAUUCAUUGUUUUGGGGAUUCCAGCAAAUCAGUACUCUGGCUGGGAACUUAGUCCCUAGCUAUUUUGUUUGGGAAGUCCUUUUUACAAUGGGCAUCAUAGGACUGGGACUCUUGCUUUUUGCUCUUCUCAUUGGACAUAUACAGAACUUCCUUCAGGCUCUUGGACGGAGGAGGCUAGAAAUGUCACUUAGACGUCGUGAUGUGCAGCAAUGGAUGAGCCACCGGCGCUUGCCUGAAGAUCUAAGAAGGAGAGUAAUACUGGCUGAACGAUAUAAUUGGGCUGCAACAAGAGGAGUAAAUGAAGAAAUGCUUCUGGAGAGUUUGCCGGAGGAUCUUCAGAGAGAUAUUAGACGUCAUCUCUUCAAAUUUGUUAAGAAAGUUCGAAUUUUUGCCUUGAUGGAUGAGCCUAUCUUAGAUGCCAUUUGUGGGAGACUAAGACAAAAAACAUACAUCAAAGGAAGCAAUAUUUUGUAUCAUGGUGGUCUGAUAGACAAAAUGGCGUUCGUUGUGCGUGGAAGAUUAGAGAGCACUGGAGAUGAUGGGAUCAGGGUUCCCUUAGUUGAAGGGGAUGUGUGUGGUGAAGAACUCUUGACAUGGUGUCUCGAACAUUGUUCUGUGAACAAAGAUGGUAAAAAAGUAAGGCUUCCUGGACAAAGAUUGCUCAGCACCAGGACUGUACGUUGCUUAACAAAUGUGGAGGCAUUUUCACUCCGAUAUGCAGACCUUGAAGAAGUCACUAGCCUUUUUACAAGAUUCCUAAGAAAUGCGCGGGUUCAAGGAGCCAUAAGGUAUGAAUCGCCUUAUUGGAGAAGCCUUGCAGCAACUCGCAUUCAGGUUGCAUGGAGAUACAGGAAGAAACGUCUCAGUCGUGCUGAUACCUCGCAGUCAAAUCUUUAGCUAAAAGAGUAGGAUUUACUCUUAACACAUCUUGUAAACUCGACUAUAGCUCGUAUGAUGUUCAGCUGCAUAUCAUGUAAAUUCGCUAGCUUGUUGCCACAUGCAUGUAGUUGCUGGAUGUUGUAUAAUUAGACAAAUGGAAUUAUUGCAUGAUUUAAUUAGAUUCAGUUUGUAUGUAUGAUAUCCAAUAUCUUGUAAAAUUAACCCCUCCUUGCAUGCCGUUGAGCGACUAGAGGCUGAAGUUCUUAAUCGAAAUUUAUUUUUCAAAAA